GCAUCUGUCACGACUCACACCCAAAUUUCUACCUAAUUUAAUUCUAUAUUAUUUCUCUGCUUUCUUUCCUUUGCUCUUUAUAUUUCACCUUCACUUGCAGAAAUGUCAAUGACUUCUACUUCUUGAGUUCUUUUCUCUUCAAAGCCUACGCCUGUACGCCCUCUUUGCUUCUCCCAACUAAACUCUACCGAGUUACAACCCUAAAACCCCACGCAACUUUCGACUCCAAAAGAACUGUUUCAAAUUUAUUGAGGGGAGCUAUGUCAGCCGCCGUUGCCGCCGCUGCUGCUGCCGCCGCAUGCAGUUCCUCUAACAGCAGUUACCGGAAUGAGGGUGAUCGGUUUGCUUCAUCAUCCCAACCAUCUAUGCCGCCCUCAUUGCUGCUUAUGAAUCUCAGAAACGACGUCACUGGAUAUGGAACACCUUCGGCCUAUACCAGAGGAACCACCGUCCGCCGCUGGCUCUCUCGCCCUGCAGCCACGUCCUCGAGUUCCUUAAAUACCCCGACCAAUUCGGCAAAACCGAAUUCCACACUCACAACUCCCAGCUCUUCGUCUACCCGCACCCACACCCGCUGCCCCUCUGCGCGUGACCUCUCAAGCAAGACUGGGGCAGCUUGGAUGCACUCAUCCGCCGACUGAGAGCCUCCUUUAAGGUGAAGCCGCGGCGGGAAGCUGGAGAUGAGCCCGUUUGCAUGGCACCGUGGAGUUGUAGGGAUUGCUUGUGAGAAAGAAGAAAGAAAGAAAGGCACACAGAAAGAGAAGAAGAAACAAAUACAGUGGCCUUCAAAUGAUUGUCUAAUUCAGGGCAAUCAUUGGAAUCCAUGAUUAUGCUUCCUUUCCUUCGUUGAACUAGAUGGAGUUAAUUUCUGUUAUACUUAUUAUGAGAGAUGUGGGGUUGAUGAUGGUGAUUAAUUAAUCUUACAUCUUUACCGUAUGUGCAUCUGAAGUUUGUGUACUCAGUAUGUAAUCAGUAAUUUACAUAUAUUGUGUGGUCUUUGUUAAUGAUCAAGUAAAUGAGUUGAAAAGAU